GUAUUUGAUGACGUAACAGCCACGUGACACAAACAGAAGUGACAUGGCGCGCAACAAAAGGACAUCGCUCGAAGCUUCUUUGUCUCAUUAGUGCGCCCUAAGUUAACUCAAUAUUUGCCUUAAACGACUACCGUUUGGUGUUUUCACACAUUCAACAUGGCCCUGGCGUCUUCUCGAGCUGCUGCGCUGUUCUUUCUAGUGGUUACGUCGGUUCUCGUCGCCGUCCUCAUUCAAACCGAGGCUAUGCCGCCUCGACUGGCGCUGACCUCCGUUGGUGUCUUCUCCCUGGUGGGCAUGGCGCUGGUCUGGAAGGACCUCCACUCUAAAGUGAGGGGGCAUGGCCGGACGUCGAGCAGCCUGCUCGGCCAAUACCUGGCCAUGAAGGCGGUGGGCUGGCUGGGCAGGCGACAGAGGGCCAAGCUGGAGGGCGACACGGUGGACGUGAGAAAGGUCCAGGAGGACACACUGAUUGGACGACUUAGGAAAAACCAGCAGACGAUUUACGGGAAACAGUUUGAUUUCAGUUCAAUAAAAGACAGCGCCACCUUUCGGGCGCGCCACCCCAUCACAACGUACAAGCACUAUCGUGAGCUCAUAGGUCGUGUGGCGGUGGGAGAGGAGAAGGUGAUCACUGCUGAGAAGGUCCUAAUCCUGGCUAUGACUUCUGGGACCUCUGGGCCCAGCGCAAUGCUGCUCAGCACCAGGGACACCAACGCAGAGUUCUUCCUGCAGGGCGUGGCUGUGUGUCUCGACGCCAUGCGCCAUGCUUUCCCAGCCACAGACAGCCUUCAGCGCACCACAAAGUUCUUCUACACGCCAACGUUUCGCCAGUCCGAGGCCGGCAUUCCUAUCGGGCCCAAUUCCUCCACACCAGCCUCCUCUCGCCACAUGCUGAACCUCUACACCACGCCGGCGCCCGCCUUCCAGGUUCCUAGCGAGAAGGACACGCUCUACCUCCAUCUCCUUUUUGCACUCAAAGACCCAAGUGUGGGGACACUCGAGUCCAACUUUGCCUCCACUGUCUUCUACGCCUUCAGUGCCUUGCAGGAGCGCUGGCAGGAACUGGUAGAAGACAUAGAGCGAGGGAAGGUGAGCGCUGCUCUGAAUCUGGAGCCUGAUGUUAGACUCAAGCUUGAAGCUCUCAUGAAGCCAGACCCCAAGAGAGCCUCUGAGCUGCGGGCACACUUCGAUGCAGGCUUUCAAGGAAUCGCCAAGCGCCUUUGGCCUGACCUCCACCUGGUUCUUGCUGUUGACUCGGGCUCCAAUCAGAUUUACGGGGAGAUGUUAAGGGCAAAUUACUGCCAAGGAAUCCCUUUCUACUCGCCUUUCUACGCCGCUACAGAAGGCUUGAUCGGGGUGAACUUGUGGCCCGAGGACCCGAGACGGCGCUACCUGCUGUGCCCUCGCUCCAUGUUCUGCGAGUUCCUGCCAGAGAGCAGUUUGGAGGAGGAGACGCCCCCUACCCUACUGAUGGAGGAAGUAAAGGAGGGUCAGAACUAUGAGCUGGUCAUCACCAACGCAGCCGGCCUCUACAGAUAUCGUAUUGGAGACAUUGUGAAAGUGGCUGGAUUCCACAACAAAUGUCCGAUUGUUGAGUUUCAAUACAGGCGUGGCCAGAUGUUGAACGUACGUGGGGAGAAAGUGUCCGAAGCGUUGUUCCUUAAUGCUUUAAAGAAAGCUGUCACUCAGUGGCCCGGCGCUCAGCUGGUCGAUUACUGCUGUGCAGAGAGUGGCAUUCUGGGAGACUCCACUGGGGGCAGUGACCCACACUACCAAGUCUUCAUUGAGCUGAAAGGUGUAAGGAACCUCACAGAAGAGCAACGCUACAAGUUGGACGUGUGCCUCCAACAGAACUCGGCAGUAUACAGGUCCUAUCGCAUCAAAGGCAGCAUCGGACCAAUGAGGGUGCAGCUGGUGGCCCCCGGUGCAUUCAAUGAACUCUGUAAGCAGAUGAUGAGCUUUUCCAACACCUCUCCUAACACCUUCAAAAUGCACCGGGUUCUGCGGCGGAAGGAAUAUGCCGACUUCCUCUUGGGGAAAACGGUCUCCUGAACACUUGCAGGCGCAAAGCCGUGCAUGAUGGGAUUUUCCACCAUGCACAGCUGUAAAAGGUGAUUUCAUUGCUAGUGCCUUCAACACAACACUUAAUAUUUCUGUGUUCCACCAGCAUCCUUUGGGUUGUUGCGUUUGGAACAUCUUAACAAUAUUUGUUUGUGAAUUAGCCAAUUAAUUUGAUUCAAAUGUAUGAUAAGUGGAACAACUGUGGGAUACGGUAUAGGUCAUCUUCAACAUUUAUAAAUAUUGAUUCUGUCCUGUUCAUUAUAUUAUUACAUUUUCAUUAAAAUUAAUCAUAACUAUUUUUAA